AAUGCCCUGAGAUGAGUGCUCUGGAAAGAUCUGGAACCCUGGAGCCCGGGGAUGAGGACCCCACACUAUGGGUGGGGAAGCAAGACAGUGGCGGCAGGGUGUGUGCUGAGGCCGCAGGGAGAGAGGCAGAUGUGGGCUGCCCCCCACAGCCCGCCUUCAGCUCACACUGGAAAUCCAUUCACACUGGCUCCUGCGGCCUGCAAACCACACUCACCCUGGCUCCUGCCGGAACCCUGAUGCGUCCCAUAUUUCUGGUCGGACAGCCAGGAAAACUCAGUCUCCUCCUUGUGAUCGCCAAUCCGUUUCCCGUUGGAGGAGCUGACUUUGAACAAAGACCCCUUUGUGAGUGGCUUUGGGGCAGGGAGAUGGGAGAACAUCGCAUAAGUAAUAUGCGAAACGGCGACCCCGAUCAUUUUUUGUUCCUCCCUGGUGAACGUGAAAUCAAAACCACUUCUUCGGAGACAAGCAAGUGGAGCCAAGCUUCUCCGGCCUGGACGUGUGGGCCUCCGGGCCAGAGGGACAGCCGCCGUGCCAUCAAGGGCAGCAGGGCUGGCUGCGAGCACGCCAGCCUGCUGUGGCCCUACCCUGCCAGGCCAGGCAUCGCAGGGCAUGGCAUUAGUACUUUUUCCCACAGCUGCAGGAAGUCCAGCUUGUGCAGGAGGAAACUUGUUUCUUUACCAUUAGGAGGGGAAAGAAAAUGGCCAUAUCCCUCCUUUCCCAACCCCCUGCCUCCCCCCCUCCCGCCCCCGUUCUCAACCGUGCAUGUCCUCCCAAGCUUGCCUUCAGUCUCUUCCAGCCGACGACACCGAUACCGCGGGCAGAGACAGAGGCAGAGGGCCGGCCCCAGGGCUCCUGCAGGAGCCGGCCCGGGGCUGCCGCUGUCCUCCUGCCCUCCCCGGCUCCGGGGACACUGGCCUCCAGCUCCCUGCCUGCGGUUUCUUCACACACUCUGUACUCUGUCAGCUGCUUGGCCGGUGCCUCCAUGGCCUCUUCUCUCUCUAGCCAAACCCCAUCUUUUCCCUCAAGUUCAAGGCAUUUGUCACCUCCUCAGGGAAGUCCUCUCUGAUUUGGUUCCCCUCCCCCACCCCCCUUCUCUAACACUCAGCAUGGGGCAGCGUGGAGCUGUCUCAAAUCCCCCCUCAGCCCAGCAAGGUCCUCACUGAGGAUGUAAUCUGAGUUUGUGCCCCUUCAUUGUCAGAGGUGCACAGGGGCUGCUCAGGGGCAGUGAGGGCCCAACAGGACCUCCAGGACCCGUAGCAGUCAGUGGCCCAAUUUGGCCACCCCUAGGGGCCCAGAGCAGGCAGCAGCCCCCGGAGGACCUGCUUAGGAGACCUCUAGAACUUUCCUGGGACAAGGACAGGAAUGUCAUUCUGAUUUCAUCCAUUCACAUGUGCCUGCAGGUUGGAGGCCUUGAGAUUUUCACUCUGGCUGUAAGAUUUCCCCGCAUCUCCUCUGCUCCAAGCCCAGGACUUCCCAGUCCACACUUCCCAGUCCACACUGGCCACUCAGGUCCCUGUUCCAGUCCCACCCCAGCACUUCCCUGGCCAACCCCACAUGUCUUUGGGGCUUUGCUCAGUGGCCAGGGCGCAGGCCCUAACCUCACCCCCACAGUGUUCUGUCCUGUGGAGUAGGUAGGUGAGCAAGCUCGUGUCAUGAACAUGGAGAGGACCAAGUGACACCACCGUGUGAUGUCUACCAAACAGGCUCCACAACUCAAGUGCCGGCACCGGGUGGAGAUGCCACAGGCCCGGCAAGCUCUGAAGUGGUCACCCUGUCACAGCAAGUGGGGACUCACUUCUGCAACAUGGCGUCACCCACCUCAUCAGGUGGAUGCCGGUCUUUGGAAUCUCUUCUUUUCGUUUUGUUUAUAACUUUUGAAUGAUCUUGGGGGGAUGGGUCCAUAACAGCUACAAACAGAAGAGGGUCAUGCCUGCUCUCACGUUUUCAUGUACUUAAGGAACGAUAUAAUGAAAAUCAUCUAGAUCAAUCAGUACUAGGCAUCCAAGAUAAUUUUUUCUUCUAAAAGGGGAGUGGGGAGGGUCCUGCAUUAUUUGGGUUUAAGAAACACUGUGAUCAAGGGACGCCUGGGUGGCU